CUUUAGGAUUUGCGCAGUAAUUUUCAAUUCGAAGGACGACUGUUCAUCCACUUCCGGUUUGAACUUUCAAUUGUGCUUUUUCAUACCGACGGCAAGUGGUUGAUAAGCCAUUGCCUUGGUCUGUUGACAAAAUGGUUAAGAAUAUGGAUGUCGAGAUGAAGGACACUUCUAGUCCCAAAAAGAAUGCAGAGAAAACAGAAAACUCUAAUGGAGUCAGCGAAGAGGAGCCCAAAAAGGAUCCUGACCUUUUGACCCUGGAGGACAUCAGAGAGCAUGUCCGUCACAUUGAGAAAGCGGUUGCCACCAAAGAACCACGAUAUGUUUCUCGUGUCAUUCGCGGUUUGGUCUCAAUCAGGCGGCGGUUAAAUCCAGUGGUUUUGCGGAAACUUCUACAAGGAUACUUGAAUUCUAAUGUGGCUCUUAAAGAGGAAUUAUUAGAAUUUGUGGUAGAUUCGGGGCCAGAACCAAACGGAGUUACUCCGUUUAGACCCAAGUCAGGGAAGGCUAUUGUUCUACUCCCAGAGGUAGAAACCUAUCUUCACUUGCUUGUUGUGAUUUACCUCAUUGAUCUGAAGAAAUAUGCAGAAGCUGUCAAGUGUGCUGAGUCUUUAGUUCAGAAAGUGUCAGUUCAAAAUCGACGGACGCUAGACAUGCUUGCUGCCAAGUGUUACUUCUACUACUCAAGAGCUUAUGAGCUGACCCAGCAACUUGAUAAGAUACGAACAUUUUUACAUGCAAGGCUGAGGACCUCUACUCUAAGGUCAGAUUUUGAGGGCCAAGCCAUGCUCCUAAACUUGCUUCUUAGAAACUACCUAAACUUCAACUUAUUUGAACAGGCUGAUAAGCUUGUGUCUAAGUCCACUUUUCCCGAGAGUGCCUCCAAUAAUGAGUGGGCACGUUUCCUGUACUACAUGGGCCGAAUCAAGGCUGCACAGCUUGAGUACUCAGAGGCACAGAAGUAUCUGCAACAGGCACUCAGAAAAGCACCGCAGCACAGUGCUGUAGGAUUCAAGCAAAUUGUUCAGAAGCUCUGCAUCACCGUUGAGCUAUUGAUGGGGGACAUCCCUGACCGACACCUGUUCAGACAACCUUCAAUGAGGAAGACCCUGGCGCCCUAUUUUCAGCUAACCCAGGCUGUGAGAACAGGAAAUCUAGCCAAGUUCAAUGAAGUCCUGGCCAAGUUUGGUGCCAAGUUCCAGGGUGAGGAUACCUACACCCUGAUCAUUAGACUGAGACAUAAUGUGAUCAAAACAGGAAUCCGAAUGAUUAAUCUGUCUUACUCGCGGAUAUCCCUCACUGAUAUUGCACAGAAACUGAUGCUGGAUAGCCCGGAGGAUGCGGAAUACAUCGUUGCUAAAGCCAUCCGGGAUGGGGUGAUCGAAGCCAACAUUGACCACGAGAAAGGUUUUGUGCAGUCACGAGAAACCAGCGAUGUUUACACGACCCGCGAACCAAUGGCCGCCUUCCACAGUCGCAUCACAUUUUGCCUCGACAUUCAUAAUCACUCGAUCAAGGCCAUGAGGUUUCCUCCGAAAUCGUACAACAAGGAUCUAGAAUCGGCAGAAGAAAGGCGGGAGAGAGAACAACAGGAGCUAGAGAGUGCUAAAGAAAUCGCAGACGAAGACUUUGAUGGCUUCCCGUGAUUUACGUGCUAAUAGAAACACUUUUUGGAUAUGUAUUUUCUAUGAUGUAUACAGUGUUUUAAGUGAAUGUAUACAUCAUAAUUGUAUUACGAGAGUUUGAAAACAAUGAUGUAUACAUAGUAAGUUGAAAAAAAAUAUGUAUACAUUAUGAAUUGAAGAAAAAUAUGAUGUAUGCGUUGUGAGUUGAAAAAAAAAAACAUGAUGUAUGCAUUGUAAAUUGAAAUAAAAAUUGAAAUGUA